AUGAAGGAUUCUGAAACAGUGAAGGAGUAUUCAGAUAGACUUCUUAACAUUGCAAAUAAAGUGAGGCUACUUGGCUCUAUACUUGCCGACUCAAGAAUUGUUGAGAAGAUUCUGGUAACAGUUCCUAAAAGGUAUGAAGCAACAAUUACGACCUUAGAAAAUACUAAGGAUUUGUCAAAAAUUAGUUUGACGGAGUUGCUCAAUUCCCUGAAAGCUCAAGAGCAAAGAAGACUCAUGAGACAUGAUGUUACAAUAGAAGAGGCUCUUGUCAGUAAGCACCAGGUUGACAAAUUUUCGAAGAAGAAAAAGAAUCAAGCGUUGAGUGAAGGAGAAACAUCAACCAACAAUAAAGGUAAGGGGGGAAGUGCGAAAAAAAACUUCCCCCUUACCAUCACUGUGGAAGAAAAGGCCAUCCACCAUUCAAGUGUUGGAGGAGACCUGAUGCUAAAUGUAAGAAAUGCAAUCAACUUGGACAUGAGGUAG